AUGCAGCCCCGUCGCUACUCUAUUGCCUCUUCUCCUCACAUGUUCCCCAAGGAGGCUCACUUGGCUGUCGGUGUAGUUGACGAUGUUGUCAAUGGCAAGCACUAUCCUGGUUUGGCUUCUUCCUUCUUGGCUCACCAGAUUCCCGGUGAGUCCAAGACCGUGCUUCGGGCCAAGUUCAAGUCAUCCAAGGGUGUCUUUGAAAUGCCUGCCGAUGCCGAGACUCCUAUGAUCAUGAUCUCAGCCGGUACUGGUAUCUCCCCCUUCCGUGGUUUCCUUCAGGAACGUGCCUACCAGUACAAGCACGCCUCUGGCCCAGUAGGCGAAUGCUUGGUAUUCUUUGGCUGCCGUCGUGAGGACCAGGAUCGUAUCUAUGGCGAUGAAUUUGACGAGUAUGUCAAGGAAGGUGUCAUCUCUGGCCUCCAUGUGGCUUACUCUCGACAGAUCCCUCCUUCAAACCGCAAGUAUGUCCAGCACCAAGUGCUUGCCAAUGCAAAUGAGAUCUGGCGUCUGUUGGUCCCUGCCGACGAGACCAAGAAGCCCGCAGUUGUGUACAUUUGCGGUAGUGGUGCCAUGAGCCGUGAUGUCCGUGCCACAUUCCGUUCUAUGGCCAUCAGUUUCGGCGCUGCUAAGGACGAAGAAGAAGCAGACAAGUUCAUCCAGAAGCUUAUGCAAGAUCACCAGUACAACGAGGAUGUCUGGGGUUAA